AUGACUCCUGUAACUCCGAAUCAACCAGGUUCCAAGACCUUGCAACAAGGUCAAAACCAGUCCCUAGAUGUUUCUCCUGUUAAACAGGACUGUCCUACCUUGUUUAAUUUUCUUGAUCAAUUUCAAGGAAAUCAUGAUCCUAAGGAUCAUAAGCUGGGACCUCAUCAUGGUGGAUCAUCAUCAUCAACCAAUCACCUACAACUCUAUAAUUCGUCGAGUGGUGCAGCUAUGGUUGGUCAAAGCAUUGCGCGUGACACAAAUUUACCAUCAUCGAUGGAGGUGGAAGAUCGCAGCAAAAGAAAUGACAGAUGGGUGUCUUCAAAGGCAAGGUUGAUGAAAAUGUUGAUGAUACCUGGAAGCAGUUAUGGAGACAUAAACGAAGACAAGGCAAUUAUCGAUGCAACUGCUGGUGCUGCUGCCACAACUCCUUCAAAUGAAGGAAUUCAAAAUGAAAGGUACAAUCAAGGAAGCCCUACUGCUAGGGUUUGUACUGAGUGUCAAACUACCUCUACCCCACUUUGGAGGAGUGGCCCUGUGGGUCCUAAGACACUUUGCAAUGCUUGUGGAAUUAGGCAGAGGAAGGCAAGAAGGGCUGCUGUAGAGGCUGACAAUAGUUUGGGACAUGGCAAAGAGAAAGAAGAGAAACUUCUUGUGAACAAAUGUACACAAUUCAAGAAGAACAAGACUUCUUCAACUUCAACUAGUGCUGCUGCUACUAUUACUGCUACGACUACUAAUGAUAGUAGCUUAUCUGAAGAGAUGAUGGAGAGACUUGAUUUUUUCUUAACAAAGGUGAGGAAAAAAUCGGGUUUCGAGUCUACUACUGAGGAAGUAGCUGAUACAGCUCUACUUCUGAUGGAUAUCUCUUGUGGGUAUGUUUACCCUUAAUUAGAAGAGGGAGUAGGAUUCUCUCAUGUAAGAAUUUUACAAUGAGGGGUGAGGGUGGUUGAUAAAUUUUGAGUUUUGGUAUUUUUAUUUGACUUUUAUAUAAAAAAUAAUUGGUCACUGUUUUGUUUGGUAUUGUGAGUUGUGAAAUCAAGUUAAUGUACUUGCAUCACAACCAAAAUAAGGUUUUGUUGCAUUA